UAGGCGCGCUUUGAUUGGCCUCCGAUGUCAACAUUAAACCGGAAAAGUAAAAUGGCAGGCUGCAGAUGUAAACGUCUUGUGGAGUACGUUUCUUGAAAUUGAGAUGCUGUCUAUCAUUUUCUUAUUGCGAUGACACUGAUUUCAUAGGGCCUGUUGGAAUUGAAGGCUGCCUCUGAUGACCAAGCAGUUUGAAUUCAACUGGCGGAUACCAGUGCCAGAACCACUGCAGACUGGGGACUACUUUGACUGUUGGGAUGAGGAAUGUGGUGCCUUUGAACCAAACUGUCUUGUCAAAGUUGAUGAAUAUGGAUUCUUUAUUUACUGGAAGAGUGAAGGAAGGGAGGGACAAGUCCUGGAAUGUUCUCAGGUCAAUGACAUUCGGCUGGGAAUGGUUCUUAAGAUCACAGAUCCCAAGAUCUUGGCUGAGUUGCAGGAGAAGAGUGAAUACAGCAUUGAUCAGCGAACUGUCACCAUCUGCAGUGGCCUUGACCUUGUUAACAUUACAUACACACCCAUGGUUGGGCGUGACCCUGAAACUGCCAAGACAUGGUUUGAAGGACUUAGGAAGAUCACUCUUAAUACAAAGGCCAAUAACGUAUGCCCAAUGACUCAGCUGAAAAAACAUUGGAUGAAACUCUGUUUUAUGGUCAAUCCAAGUGGAAAGAUUCCAGUCAGAAGCAUCACACGAACUUUUGCUUCUGGAAAAACAGAGAAAAUGAUUAUGACAUGUUUGAAGGACCUUGGGCUUCCAAGUGGAAAAUUUGAUGAAAUUGAACCCUCUGCAUUUACCUUUGACAAAUUCUACGAACUGUAUCACAAAAUCUGUCCACGCUCAGACAUUGAAGAGCUGUUUAAAGAAAUAUCAAGUGACAAGUCUUAUGUCACUAUUCAACAUCUAAUAGAUUUCUUUAAUGAAAGACAGAGAGAUCCAAGAUUGAAUGAAAUUCUCUUUCCUUUCUACAACCGCAGUCGCAUUCUUCAGAUCAUCCAAGUGUAUGAGCAGAAUUCGGAGUAUGUUGAGAAGGAAUGGCUGAGCAUGGAUGGUUUUUGUCGAUACUUAAUGUCUGACGAGAACGCUCCAGUGUUCCUUGACCGACUGGACAUCUACAUGGACAUGGACCAACCCCUGCCGCACUAUUUCAUCAACUCUUCACACAAUACCUACCUCACUGGCCGACAGUUUGGUGGCCGGUCCUCUGUUGAAAUGUACCGACAGGUGCUUUUGGCUGGCUGCAGGUGUGUGGAGCUGGACUGCUGGGAUGGUCGUAAUGAAGACCAGGAGCCCAUUAUCACUCAUGGCAAGGCCAUGUGCACAGACAUUUUAUUCAAGGAUGCGAUCCAGGCAAUCAAAGAAACUGCAUUUGUCACUUCAGAGUACCCUGUCAUCCUAUCUUUUGAGAAUCACUGCAGCAAAUUUCAGCAGUACAAAAUGGCCAAGUAUUGUGAAGAUAUUUUGGGUGACCUGCUCCUGAAAAGACCUAUUGAAGGACAUCAGCUAGAACCUGGCAUUCCACUCCCUUCACCUAAUCAGCUCAAACGUAAGAUCUUGAUCAAGAACAAACGCUUGAAGCCAGAAGUGGAGAAGAGACAGCUGGAGCUCUUUCAGAAGGGCAUUAGUGAGGUGAGCACCGAAGACAAUGAACUAGGUGAUGACCCAAGCAUCUUGCCAGCCAACGUGGAUGGUGAGGAGGGCCCUCUGAAUGAUGCGGACAAUGAAAGCUCAAGCUCUAGUAGCGAUUCUGGCCAGUUAGACGAUGAGGCAGCAGCUGCUGCUGUGGCCGCGGUAUCUUCGCUCCCCGGAUCUAACCUUGACCCAACAGGUGCAAAUGUAGAUACAGAAGCCCACCCAGAACUUGUCAUUGGCAAAACAGAUGCAAUCAUCAUUGAUGCUGAUGCAGAGGUCAAGAAAACAAGCAUUAAGAUCUCAAAUAAGAAGAUGGAGGAUAUGCUGAAGGAAGAUGUCCCUGAGGGAAGUCUGACAGCAGAUGAAGAAAUGAUGUUGUACUCUUCAUACCACUACACGGGUGCUACUACUAACAUCCAUCCUUACCUGUCAGCCAUGAUCAACUAUGCCCAGCCAGUCAAGUUCCAAGGCUUUGAUGUGGCAGAAGAGCGCAACAUACAGUACCACAUGUCUUCGUUCAACGAAAACACAGGCUUGGGUUACCUCAAAACCCAGGCUAUAGAAUUUGUUAACUACAACAAGAGGCAAAACAGCAGAAUUUACCCCAAAGGUGGGCGAGUGGACUCCAGCAACUUUCUUCCUCAGAUUUUCUGGAAUGCAGGCUGCCAAAUGGUAGCACUUAACUUCCAGACACCUGAUCUGGCCAUGCAACUAAACCAGGGCAAGUUUGAAUAUAAUAGUAACUGUGGCUAUCUGCUGAAACCAGAUUUUAUGCGGCGGCCGGACCGCACCUUUGAUCCCUUUUCUGAAAGCCCUGUGGAUGGUGUAAUUGCUGCAUACUGCUCAGUCCAGGUGAUAUCAGGCCAGUUUUUGUCAGAUAAGAAGAUUGGCACAUAUGUGGAAGUUGAUAUGUAUGGUUUGCCAACGGAUACUAUUCGCCGUGAAUUCCGCACGCGAGUAGUACCUAAUAAUGGACUGAAUCCAGUCUACAACGAGGAGCCUUUUGUCUUUCGAAAGGUUGUAUUGCCAGAGUUGGCAGUAUUGAGGGUAGCAGUGUAUGAAGAUACAAGCAAGCUAAUAGGGCAGCGCAUUCUGCCUCUUGAUGGUCUGCAGGCAGGCUAUCGACAUAUAUCGCUUAGGACUGAAAGCAACUUUCCCUUGUCACUGCCAACCUUGUUCUGCCGCAUCAUUCUUAAGACAUAUGUCAAGCAGGAGUUCAGAGAGUUUGUGGAUGCGCUGUCUGCUCCGAUCCAAGCUUUGUCAAUGGCAGAGAAAAGAGAGAAGCAGAUGAAGGACAUGGGUAUUGAUGAAAAGGACAUCUCUGAUGUGCCGGUGAUACGCAAGCAUCAUGAGAAAGCAUCCAAUGGCCAGAUCUCCCAAAGUCAACAGCUUCCUGCCAACAGCUCCGGUGGUGCCAAGAAAGAUGAUAGGAAAGUAGAGGACAUCAAAUUCGAGGUAGUGACCCGGGAUAAACUAUGCCAAGAAAAGCUGUUCCUGAAGUUGCUACGCAAACAGCAGAAGGAUGUGGAGCUCAUGAAGAAACGACAUCAGAAGGAGCGUGGCUUGAUGCAGCGAGCACACUGCACAGUUGUAGACAAACUAGUAGCAACACACGACAAGGAGAAGACAGCUACAGAGAAGUCUGUUGAGAAGAAGCUGAAAAAGAACAGGGACAGCAGCACUGACCUCAAAUCGCAAUCUGAAGGAGCUGUUCUAAAUCUAGUUACCGACCACAAGGCAAAGGUGAAGGAGCUGGUGUGUGACCAGACAAGAGAGUGGUCAGACCUUGUUGUACGUCAGGUGACAGAAGAGCAUGAGCUGAUGAAGGAACACGUACGACAGCAGAAUGAGCUGCUGGUCAAACUGAUUGAAGAGGCUCACCAGCUGCAACUCACAGAGCUAGAAGCUCGGCAGGAAAGGGAAAACAAAGAGCUGAAAACUGCACAAGCGAAACACUCCAUGGACUCCAGUAAGGCUGUGCAGAAUGACAAAACUAUCAAGAACAAAGCUGAGAGAGACAGACGAAUCCGUGAACUGAAAGAAAAUAACAUGAAGAAGUUUAUUGAUGAACGGAAGCGGUAUGCAGUCCGACACUCGCGACAGGCAGAAAGUCUUAAGAAGUCACACUCAGAACAAAUGGAGAAGUUGAUGAAAGAUAAUGAAAAGGCGAUGGAGAUGGCAGAGAUGGCUCAUGAAGAAGCAAAACUGGCGACUAAACCAGAAACAGUUGUGUGAUUUGUUGCUUUUUUCUAUUGCAUGAUUUUUUCACAAUUUUUACGGGGAUGUGCAAGAACUUCAUAUAUUUUAGUUCCUCCACCCUAUUUUUUUUAAAAUUAAAGACUAUUAAUAAUGACAUUGAAGACACCAGUAUUGUUACAUUAUUCAUUAGUUAAUUGCUUUUGCACUGUGAAGACAUUUUGGUGUGCUUCUUAAACUGUUGAUAUUGAUAUUUUGAAGAUCUGUUCAUCGUUACUGUUUAACUAUAUUGAGAGGGAAGUGUGAUCACAGUGUAGCUAAACAGUGCACAAUGGUGUGGGAUGCUUGCAGCAAUAUUUCUUGGGGGAUAGGUUGGUAUGGAAGGUGCCAUGUUCAGCAGUCAUUGUCUCCACAAUUAUAUUUUCAUCCAUUGCUGUACCUGUCAUUUUAUCCCAUAUUUUUCUGUGUCAGGCCUUUCAUUUCUGUUGAAACGGGGCUCUGAAAUUUGCAUGAACUGAUUGAUCAUUACAGCUGCUAUAUAUACCAGCAAGAACUUGAAAGACUAUAUGUAAGGAGAAGAUUGCAGUACUACUAGGUUUCUCUUAGACCCAAUAUGCAGUCCUAAACCAAAGGGAUAAAAAAAUUUUAAAAAGGAAAACAGGGGGUAGCUUUUUUUAGUGGUGUUUUUUUAAAUAAACAUAAGAGCAUGUCAACACAUGUUUAUAGAAAUAAUGAUAUUGUAACUUUAUUUUAUCACAUAGGACAUUAGACCAUCUCUAUAUAUGUCUGUUUAAUAUGUUAGAAUUUUCCAGCAUAUCUUUGACAAGAUGUGGCAGUAAUAUGUGAUGAAUUUUGUAAUAUAUUCCAAAAGCUUUUCUUGAGAUCUUGCAGAGCUAUACUGUUGCUAUUGAUAUCAAUAUUAGAUCAUUUUAAUAUUAUUGCUUUGAGACAAUCUAAUUUUAAAAGCUCAUUCCCAGUUUGGAUAUUCCAGAUCGGUGUUUUCAGUCAUUUAAACUGUACUGCCAACAUGUGUGUUUGUAAGGUUAGAGAAAUCAUGAUAGCAUUUCUUGAAACAUGUAGUCUUUCUUAAAAUGUGGUUAAUGUUGCAGAAAUAGUGAGAUGCUAAUUGCACUAUUUCUAUUUGUGUUUUAUAUUGUAAUCAUACUAAGGUGUGCUGUUGCACAGAUUUGUGAGUGAGAAUUUAAGCAUGCUCUGCAAAGAACUGAUUGCAUACAGAAAUGAGAAUUGUCUGCUAGAAAUCUAUUUUAUGUCAUAUCUUUUUUAAGAAAAAUAGAACUUGAUUCAUAUUGCUGUGUAAUCAAUUACUGAACUAUAAUAAUGCAAGAAACCAUGUCUAAUUUAAUAAUUUACUACUGUUCUGGAAACUUUCAAUUUGUAGCAUGUCUACUGUAAAAAAAUGUCUUUACUUGAAAUGUGACCAAGGUCAUUUUUUUUUAUUUGGUCUUUACUCCAUUAAAAAUUCACUUUUUCUCUCAAUUGUCUAGCUAUGAUCUUUGGCUAAACCAGGUUCUCCGUACACCCAAGCUGGCUGCAAACAUAAGGAACUUUAUCCAAGUUUUUUCCUGUGUUAUAGUGUGUGAAUUGUGACUUUCUGGAGAAAGUCAUUUUUACAGUAUCAUGAUAUAUUUCUUCUUUUAUUACUAUAAACCAUUUAUCUUUAUAUAAGUUUUUGCAGCACCCAUCUGUGUACUUCAUUUUUGAACAUUAGGGUUCCUUUCCAGUUUUCUGUCUCGUAUACUCUUUAGCAGAUAACUUCCUGAAUGAAUCUCUGAUAGUUAGAUGAGAGCUGAAAAUAUGCCACAUUUGUUGAGAUUUGAAAAGGAGUACAGUCAUGUUUAGUAAUGUUGGACUUGUAAUUCAUGCUCUUAAAUAUCCACAUGCCAGUCUCUCACCUACAGUUACACACACACACAUGGAUGUGCAUGCAUAAACAUUGUGCAUGUAUAUUAUUGCUUUUGUUCAAGAAGUCUCUUAGUGACUUUGCCACAUAGUUGAAUCCUGUAUGUACUGCCAGUAUUUUCUAAAUUUGAUUUGCAAUUGUAAUUGGGUUAUAGUUCGUGACAAUUUUCAGGCAGCCUUUACAACACUUUGUCUGCAUUUCGUACUGUUUGAAAUGCAAACAAACAGCCCCUUCCCCCAUCCAGCCAUUGUUUUGUUUCCCCUUUCAUCCUCUCGUCAUCUUACCUCCUCUUAUUUUGAGUAACACCUGUCUGUGAUGUUACAAUAUUCUCUCCAAAUACUUUACAAAAAUACUUAUGUCUAUAUAAAAUUUUUCCACCCCUUGGUUGUGUUUUUAUAUAUCCUUUCCUACAAAGUUGUUUAUGUUUUGCAUUUUCUUUAAGUAACAUAUGUUUUCAACAUGUUUCUGUUAUGAACCGUUCUCAACAUAUUCUGCAGUGACGAGAGCUACUUACUGAGGGAGGCUUUACAUCCCCUAAGCUAUAAUCUUUGUGGAAGCAGAUAACCGAGUGGUUAGAGCAGAGCACUGGCAUUUGAAUCCAAAGGCAUGCUGGUUAUAUACCCAUUUGAUUCAGUGAACUUCCCCUGUCAACCCAGCUGUCAUGAAUGGGUACCUGACUCCAUCAAGGAUUGGGGGAGAUAAGCCAGUGAGAAAGUGGAGAUGGGUACUUCCCUCACAAAAAAAAAAAAUGGCCCUAAGAAAAGGGUAGUCUUUCCUCAUUCCCAAACAACCAGAAAAGGUUGGGGAAUUACCUUGACCUUCUAAUGUUUACUUAAAGAGGUCAAUGUUGAUUUUGCCCAAUUAACUUUUCCCUCCUCUCCAAAAUAUUAUUGUUGACAACUGACAAUUGGCUGUAGUCAUGCCUUUAUCAAUGAUGUGUCCAUGUGUUUAUGCUCACUUUGAAGCAAUAUGUUGUUGAAGCUGAUAUUUUUAUUUCAAAAGACAGUUGCUGCAUUUUGCUGGAUGUAUACUUAUUUUGAUUUUUGUUAGUUUGGUAUUCUUUUAUCCAAACCAUGCAGUUAAGUAAAGACAUGUUUUCAGUAAUUCUCCACUGAAUCAAAUUAAACAUGCAUAAAUACUUCAGAUGUUAUAUGAGCCUUAACUUCAAAGAUCAUUAUGUAAAACCUUUGAUAAGGAUGUAUAAAAGAAAUGCUUACAUUAAUGAUGUGCAAGUAUGUCUACACUGCUAGCAGUAUGUUUUCUGGGUAGACUAAAUUAAACGUAAGGUAGAACUUUUAUGAAAGUGCUGUGUAUUAGGCAGCCAGCAUGAAUGAUUUUGCUUCCUUGGACUUGCUAUGGUCUGUGAUGCUCACUUUGAUGUAUGCCAUAGAUGUGGCUCUUCUGAUUGAUUUAAACAUUUUUUUCUUUCUCUUUUGCCUGUGUGUUGCUCUCAAGCAUUUCCCAAGUUUAUUCAAAGCCAAACUUGUGUCAGUGAUGUAUUUUUACAGGAUUAUGGUGAAUGCCUGAAUUCAGAGAAUCUGAGUGAAAAAGAAUGGGUAGCAUAUUGAGAUUCAGAUGAAAGGGGCAUAAUCAAUUAUUUCAUGAGAAAAAAAGAUUGUUUUGGGGGUGGGGGAUUUCAAAUGCAUACGUUCUUGUUCCCUUUUAGCACAUAUCUGUCUAAAUUUCCCACAGGACAGUAGAGAGUAGUAUUUACUGUUGAUGGUUGCAUUUUAUUUUUGCCGUACGUGGAUAACCUGCUUUCUAGAUUUCAACAUGGUGAUGGUUAUAUGCUAUAACCUUUUUUUCCUGGUAAUUGUUGAUAGCCUGGGAAAACAAAACAGGUGAGGGCAGAUGUGCAGGUUUAUCUCUUCCGACUGGUCGUUUUGUAGUAUGCACAAACACAAGAACCUAAACCAAAGUUGCAUGCACACUUCAAACCUGAUGAGUACCCUACAGGUAUUAUGGAAAACAGGGCAGAUACAUUUCAUCAUCAUACAAAAUAAUGCAGUAGACAUUUGUACUUACUGAUCUUAAUAAAUGUGUAAUAGCCAACAAUGUGUAAAUUUGAAAUACAUUUAAAUGAAUGUGUUUUGAAGCUAUUAGGUCAAAAGGUUUGCAGAGGUUUUUAUGGAAAGCAGCUUAUUUCCUAAAGCUGUGCCUCAGAGAUUUUUUUUAACUGGGUGGAGAUUCUGAUGAAUUUGAGGGGUUAAAACUUCUCUUGGCCAUAAUAUUGGAGGUCCAGCCUGCAUGAGGCUUGUGCUGCUUACUACAGUCUUUGCACAAUCGCGCCAUUCAGUAACAGAUAUUUAUCGUUUAUUACUGUCUAUUACUGUUGUGCCAUUCAGCUAUUACUGUUGUCGCACAAUGCACUGUUCAGCAAAAUACGGUAUGUCCCAUCAACUAGUCUUUGCACAGUUGUAUCAUUUAGUGACAGAUGAUAUGUUCCUAGAGAGUUUUCUAAACUUUGCUAACAGUCAUGGAUGCUAAUAGGUGAUUGUCAGAAUUAUUUAUUCUCACAUACAUAAUUUGUAGGGCUGCUGAACUUUAGCUCUUCAUUAUUCAAAUUCAGCAAAGAAUAUCUAAACUGCUAUUUAAGGAGACAUAGCUGAUGCUAUUUUGUGCUGUAGGCCUAAAAGAUAUUUGAUAACCAGUACAUUUUAAGUUAUUUCAUGCAAUACUUUCAUGUAAUAUCUAUUCCUGUGUAAGGCUUUCAGAAUCUCUACAUGUUUAUCUCAUUGUGGUGAUCCCUUAAAUGCGUGCUGUGAGCUACCUGCAGUUAGAUUAAUAUUGGAAGGCAGCAUUCCAUGGUUUGGCUAGUCAUGUGGCACUGUUUGGUUUUCCAGUCAGCAUCUGCACCAUUUCGCUUGGAAGAGUAAUGCAAACUACAAGAAUAGUGGCAUUUAUAAAAGACAGCUAAUUUUUUCAAAAUCUUUUACUUUUAUUGCUAUUUAAAUCACAAGCAGGCAUGUAUUUUUAUAUUUCUUAUUACAGUGUACUUGUUGUGAAGGGAAGCUCUCUGUAAUUUUAAUGAUAUUUUCUUCAAAUUAUCAAUCAACGAUAAAAGGACAAACUAGCAAUUUAUUCUGAGUUAGACACAAUUUGUGUUAUUCCUGUACAAUCAAUGUUAAAAAAAAAAAAAGUAAAGGCCAUAGAAGCUAUAGUGUGCGUCCUUUAUUUGGCAGUUCUCAGUUAAGUGAGGACAACUGGAAGAGUUGCUGGCAGUAAAACAAAUUAUAACCAUCAAUAUGAUGGGCAUCCAUUUGUGAUUUAGGAAGCACAUGCUGUUGAUUAUGUAUGUAUUGAUAGCAAGUUCUCCCAACAAACAAGUGAUGUUCUAUCCUGCUGAAAGAUAAAAACAUUGCACAGCAAGAGGUUGCACUUCCUCUCUUAAACACACAAAAGCUGCUCAGUCUUUAUGAGACUACAUUGGAAUAGUAUAGCUUUCUGUGCAAAAGGUUGGACACAAUUCAAAUAAAAAGUCUCUGGUUUUGCACUUAGUGUGCCCCAACUAUACCUCCCCGACCCCACCCCAUCACCACCUCCCCAAUUCUUCCAAUAUGUGCAAAUUUAUUUGUUGGUAUUAUUUAAUUUAUUUACAAACUUUUAAGAUUUUUGUGACCUCAGCUUUUUUGUUUUGUUUUGUUUUGUUUUGUUGUUUUUUUACUUUUCUUUCCUUUUUUCUUGCAGUUUCCAUACUACAGGCUAGUGUCCUUGAACUAUCCUCAUGUUUAAACACUCUUUCUGCAUUGUCCACUUUUCCUAACACUACCAACUUAUUAGUCAGUGAUAACCAUUUGCAAUCAAUGCUUCUUAUUAUCAGAAUUUGCAUGGCAACUGCAGUUGCUGAAAACAGUCCUAUUUACUUUGAAUUUAUAUUUCCCUUGUCUGUAGUAUGAGAAGCAUGCAACAUUAAGGGACUAAUCUUCUGUUGUGUUUACUGUUGAAGAGAAUGGAAAAAUUAUGAAAUCUUUUCAUUCAAUUUUUGCACAAGCAUGUUGGCAAGUCCAGAUGCAGUUAAAUAGUUGUUUUAGCAUUCCUCUUUUUUUUUUUUAACUGGUUACAUUUUUUGCAGUUUGUUGCAUGUGUUUACUAUACAAAUGAAAAUCUGUUAGCCUAGAUCAGUUUACAUGUUACAACAUUUUCAUUGAAGUUCUGAGUGAGCGUUACUCAAGCAGUUGAUAGGGAUCCCCUUUUCACACACAUUUCCUGAUAACAGGGGACACAUAAAGCUUACAUGCAAACUUGGUGACAGUCCCUGGUUUCUGACACUCUUUGUUUAAGAAAGUUGAAUUUAUUACAAAAAUCACCAAUCUUUUGGCAUAAAACAUCACCUAAGCACAGCCAUUUUGUGCACAUUUCUUCUUCCCUCCCACCAAAUUAAAAAACCAAUUGCAUCUACCCUGAGUGAAACAAAGUAUGUCUGCUAUUCACCAUGAUUCAACACAUUGCUCUUUCAAAGACUUAAUCACCACACUAAGCCAAACAUCUGUUCAUGGGUUUCUGUAAAGUAUAUAUGCAUGUAUACUCCACACUUCCUUUUUAUUAAAAGAGCAGGUUAAAAUAAUGUCUACUUCAGGACAGUUCAAGACAGAAAUAUGUGAACAUUUCCACACCUCAGAAAUUUCCUACUUUACAGAAAUUCUUGCCUUCUUUAUAGGUCUAUUCCUCUUCGUGCAUCAGGUUGCACAUAAGGCCCUAACCAGAGUCCUCCACCGAGCUGAAAACCGCUCCAGGUGACCCCAUGUCCAGCCCUUUCCUUUCAUCUCCCUUUCCACUGUUCUUCUCCAAGUUUCCUUUGGGUGGCCUCGUUUUCUUAGGGCGACUCUAGAGAAGUCUGCUGUCUGCAUGCGGAGCACAUGUCCAAUCCAUCGCCAAUGCCUUUGUUGAAACUGCAUGGUGAUGGACUUGGUUUCAGUUCUUUGGUGGUGAUGGUAUUUGGCCAAAAGAUGCUAAGUAUGCGCCUGAGGCAUCUGAUUUGGAAGACGUCAAGCCUGUUACUGAUGGUUUUGGUCGUCUUCCAUGAUUCUGCUCUGUAAAGGAGGGUGCUGAUCACAUUUGACUUGAAGAUUCUCAGCUUGAUCUUCUGACUGAUGUUAUUUGCCUUCCUUGUGCUCCCGAGUGAGGCGAAGGCCUGGCUGGCUUUUGCCAGUCAGGCUCAGAUCACCACCUCCGCGUCCCUGGUGUUUGACAUUUUGGACCCAAGAUAGGUGAAACUGUCAACUUCCUCAAUCUCUUCUCCAUUUAGUUUGAUCUUUAUAGGUGGUUAAAUGAAAUACACAUCUAUUGCCACAACAGGAUCUAUUCUUUUCCUACAGCUUUGAUAUUUCACCAGAUAUAAAUGCUUUUUAAGUAUAAUUACAGACUUUGCCAUUUGAUCCUCAUUAUAACUCUUAGUCUUUAGCAGGUAAAGACCAUCUUGUGCAAUCUUAUGCCAAUGACCCCAUAGAGUGAAUGAAUUGACUGCAUGGGGACAUGAAAGAGAGCAUAACCAAUAAAAAUUAAACUAAUGCUUUUCUUGUAAGAUAAUUUUUCAAACAGCAGAAUGUAGCAAAUAUUCUACUGCAAGUCGUACAAAGCUGCAUAUCUGCCAUACUCAGGCUUAAUAGAGCUCCUGUCAGAAUGCAGAUAGUUAAUAACAGAAGAUCUAAAUAGCACAUCUUAAUCAAACUGUCCAGAGCAAUCAAUGGAAAUGGCUGAUGCUACACUUUUAAAACGUUUUUAAAGAUUUUUAGCUUAAACAUUUUUUUGAUAUUUAAUAUCUAAACGCAUCUUUUUUGCUAUUUUGUCUUGUGCAUAAUGUUUAUGUGUAUGAUGAUGUUCAUCUGUGUUAUUCAUUUCUUUUUCAGCGUGAGGAUAAACUAUCUUGUUCAGAAGUCAUUUCUGUCAGUAUACCUCCCAGUUAGCAUGCUGUCUGUAUGAAUGUGUAGGUCAUCAUAGCCAGCCCUCUCACCACAGCAGGGGUGCAGUUUUAACUAAACAGUUCAGAGCAAGGAUAAGACAAAUAUACUGAUGAAAAACA